CGAGCUCGUCGGCGGCCGGCGGCGGCGGCGGCGGCGGCGGCGAAGGAAAAAAAUCGCUGAGCUGGAGCAGUUCCGUCACGCGCUCGCAGGUGAGGGCCGCGAACGUCGACGCGCGCGACCGCGACAACUUCAGCAUCCGAGCGUACGCCGACCGCUACCUCAUCGACCCGAACGGGCGGUUCAUGGUCUGGUGGGACGUCCUCAUCUUCACCGCCCUGGCGUACACGGCGAGUUGGACGCCGUACGAAGUCGCGUUCGAGACGGACGGCGAGACGCUCGAGAUCGAGAUCACGGCCACGUUCAUCAUGAACCGAAUCGUGGACCUCGCGUUCAUUUUUGACCUCGUGUUCACGUUCUUCACGCCGUACACGAAGGAGGACGGGACGAUCGUGGACGAGAAGAAGGACAUCGCCGUCGAGUACGCGAAAUCGUGGCUUUUCCCGGAUUUCAUCGCGUGCGUUCCGUACGACCUCAUCGCGUACUAUUCCAACAGCGAAGACGUCUCCAAGCUGAAGAUCAUGCGCGGGUUACGUCUGCUGAAGCUCACGAACAUGGUCCGCAUCUUGCGCGCGGGGCGGAUGUUCCGCCGGUACGAAGCCGAAAACGACGUCAACUACAGCGCGCUCGGGAUUUACAAAUUUUCCUUCUUCAUCCUCUUUCUCGCGCACUGGAUGGCGUGCGUAUGGUACUGCAUAACCUGGCUCGACGAACGAGAAGUGUCUUGGGUGACGUCGUACUUCGACUCCAUGCAGAGCGACGGCACGACGACGACGAUCCCGGACGGGACGCUGUACCUCGCGUCGUUGUACUGGGCCGUGGCGACGUUGUCGACGUUGGGGUACGGAGACGUGAUUCCGCAGACCAACGCGGAGCGGAUGUUUUCGAUUCUGUGCACGUUCAUGGGGGGCGCCAUCUACGCGUACCUCCUCGGAAGCGUCUGCGCGAUCAUCUCGCACCUGGACGAGAGCUCGAACACGUUUUAUCGGCAGAUGGACGCGCUGAACUCGUUCAUGAAGGAGAAGAAUUUGCGCGACGAUUUACGCGUGCGGCUGCGUGAUUUUUUUCGAUUCCGUCGAAACUCGCGCGGCAUCGUCGAGUGGAGCAACGUGAUGCACCUCAUGUCCGACGCGCUGCGCUUAGAAGUCGCGGAGGCGGUGUUCGGGAAGUGGGUGCGAGCGAUGCCGCUGUUCGAGGACGCGCCGAAGCGCUUGCCCGACCUUCUCUCCGCGCACCUCUCGUCGCU